AUGGAAGCCAUUUAUUCUGAAAUCUUCAUGGAUUCUGACGAUGAGAUUUCGCGUGUUACUGCAGCCGAUAUCAGUCGCGAAGUUGAUAUGUCUGGAGACGUAAGUGAAGGUAGUUCUGUUUCCAGUGUGUCAGAUUGUUCGGAUGAGGAAGACGAUGUGGUAAUAAGUGGUCGUGCUCCCUCUGGUUACAACCAUUCUUGGCUUCGCGACUUCUCUGAAGUUGUGGGACCUAUAGGCCUACCUGAUAAUAUUAGUGAGGUUGACAUGUUUCGUCUGUUUAUUACAGAUGAUGUACUGAACAUGUUGGUGACCGAGACUAACCGUUACCAGGGGCAGGUUAGGGCCAAGAAGGGGGCAGACGCUAGUUUGUCCCAUUCUUUCAAGAAGUGGAAGGAAGUCACAGCUGAUGAUAUGAGAUCGUUUAUUGCUGUGACGCUCCUUAUGGGACUUGCACCUCGUUCCUCAUAUGACUUAUAUUGGACUACUGAAAGUCUGCUAGAGAUGCCUGGGUUCAGGGAAAUUAUGAGUAGGAACAGGUUUCAGGCUAUCUUGUCUUUCCUGCACCUCGUGGACAACACAACUGCUGUACCACGAGGGAACCCUGGGUAUAGCAAAGUAUUCAAGAUUAGACCAUUUGUUGAUGCUCUUCUUCCUCUUGUUGAUGAAAGCAUGAUAGCUCUCAAGGGCAGGACUAAUCUGAUGCAGUACAUGCCGAUGAAACCCUCUAAGUGGGGUAUGAAGGCUUGGGCGCUGGCUGACUCUAAGACGGGCUACCUCUGGAAUUGGCAGCUGUACCUUGGGAAGGAAGACACCCAUGACCCUACCCAAGGUUUGGCACAUAGAGUUGUGACUUCCUUGGUUGCCCCUCUUUUUAAGGAGCUUGUCGUAAAUCAGACGGGUGCUUGUGGUACACUGCAAUCUAAUCGCAGAGGAGUACCCGCGGCUGUCAAGGCUGCAAAACCUAAGGCUGGUGAACACCCCAUCAGUGCAAGAGAUGAUAACCUUCUCUACAUUUCAUGGUGUGACAAGAGGCCUCUCAAAUUGAUAACAACUGCACAGGAUGACAACACCUUUGAGAAUCACGUCCGAUCCAAACAUCAUGCUGCCAAUGUGCGGGUCGUGACUAAGCCAUGUGCUGUAGUGUCCUAUACUCGUCAUAUGGGAUGUGUGGACCGUCUUGACAAGCAACUAACAUGCUAUUUGUUAGCCCACAGGACCUGCAAGUGGUGGAAAAAAAUUUACUUCUAUCUCUUGGAAGCUUGUUUUGUGAACUCGCUUGUCCUGUGGAGGGCCAAAUAUCCUGGCCGAGUCAAGGCGGAGAAAUUCCGUGUGCAGAUUGCUCGUGGGCUUCUUGCUUUGAACCAGCCUAGGGCCAGCAGCAGCUUCCAUGGUAGAAGAGCCAGCUAUCCACCUGCUAGGAUAUCGGCUUCACACUAUCCUGCUCUCAAUCCAAAGUGA